AUGCCGUUCGAGAACAAACUGAAGAAGCGCAAGGCCGCGGCCAGCGCGCCCUCGCCCACUGCCAAAAAGGCGAAACCCUCAUCCACCACCGUCCCCGUUGCCGCCGCGGCCCCCAAAGCGGCGACAAGAGUGUCCACGCGCAAGAAGGCUGCCGACUUCAUGUCCGAUGGCGAAGAGUCUGAAGAUGGCGGCUGGGAUGCGCUCGAGGACAAGAAAGGCAAGAAGGACAAGAAGAGCACCAAGGCGGCCGCUCCUGCUGCCGUGAAGGAGAAGAAAGAGAAGAAGGCAAAGAAGAAGGAUGAGGUCGCCGCUGCCCCGCCUCCUGUAGAGGAGAAGAAGAAGGCAGAGGAGGCAAAGACAAAGAAGGACAAGAAGAAGAAGGAUGAGGAGGAAAUGAUCUCCCUUGACGUUGACUAUCCGGACUCUGGGCCAGCAGAGGGAUACGACAGUGAGGAUGACAGUGCAGAGGAGGAGAUUGACGACCAAACUGCGAAACUCUUGCAAGGGUUUGAAAGCUCUGAUGAGGAGAUGGAGGACGGAGAUGGCGCACAGAAGGAAGUGAGCGAGGCCGAUAAGUCAAAGUUUGCGGAUGCGAAGAUUCCGGGUGGGAAGAAAAUGCAGAAGAAGAUGGCCGCGCUUCAGGCCAAUGAAAAAUCCGUUCCCGGCGUUGUUUAUCUCGGCCGCAUCCCCCACGGUUUCUACGAGAACGAAAUGCGCUCCUACUUCACCCAAUUCGGCAAGGUCACGCGCCUACGCCUCUCGCGCAACAGGAAGACGGGCCACAGCAAGCACUACGCCUUCAUCGAGUUCGCAGACGCCGAGACCGCGCGAGUCGUCGAGGAGACCAUGGACAACUACCUCCUCUUUGGGCACAUCCUCAAGUGCAAGCGCGUCCCCAUGGAUGACAAGGCCUUCAUCGAGCUGCUGUUCAAGGGCGCAAACAAGAAGUUCAAGCCCCACUCGGGACAGAAGGCGCACAAGGCGAGACACGAGAGGAAACACACAAUCGAGGAGUGGAAGGAGAGGGAGGAGAGGGAGAAGAGGAAGAGAAAGAGUAUCACCAACCGCUUGAAGAACCUCGAAAUCGACUACGAGUUCGAGGCCCCAAUUAUCACGCCGGAAUUCGUGAGGGCCAUUGAGGCUGCGGAACCCGCAAAGGCCAUUGAGGCGGCUGAGCCAGCUGCUGAGGCUACCGAAGAUGCUGUUGCCGAGAAGAAGACAACCGAGAAGAAGGCUGUCGAGAAGAAGACCGCCGAGAAGAAGACCGCCGAGAAGAAGACCGCCGAGAAGAAGACCGCCGAGAAGAAGACCGCCGAGAAGAAAACAGCUGAGAAGAAGACGGCCGAGAAGAAGACCACUGAGAAGAAGACUGUCGAGAAGACCACCGAGAAGGCCGCCUCCGAAACAACCGGCGACGCCCCUGAGAAGAAGAAGCGAAGACGAGUCUCUAAGAAAGCCGCCGCAGAGCGGGACGCGAAAGCCGCCGCCGAGAAAGCUGCUCCCACGACCACCGCAGCCGCCGAGACCGCCGCGGUCGUCGAGGCAGCUGUCGAGAAGGCCGUCGAGGCCGUCGAGGCCGGAGACGGGAUUGAGGAGAUGGAGAUCGAUGUAGUCGUCAAGAAGGGAAAGAAAGCCAAAACCGCUGCUCCGGAGAAGAAGACAGCCGAGAAGAAGGCCGCCUCUAAGAAGGCCACCAAGGAGGUCGCUGCCCCCGAGGAGGCGGCCGUCACCGAAGAGGUAGCCGCCCCUAAGGAAGUUGCUGCUGCCGUUGAGGAGGCGGUUGCUGAGAAGGCCGCCCCCGAGAGGAAGAGCAAGAGAGGCGCUGAGAAGAAGGCCGCUGCGGAGAAGGCUGCUGCUUCCGAGGAGCAGGAGAAGAAGGCUGCGGCAGAGAAGGUUGAGAAGGUCAAGAAGCCAGCCAAGAAGUCAUCCAAAAAAUCAAAGGCGUAA